AUGAAGUUACAAUUCGCAAACUUCUCACCUAACACACAAUACCCUUCCACACUACUUUUGCAGAUGCGGUGGUCAAAAAUUAUUCACGAAGAGCGAGAUGCUCCAGAGCAGAUCAUUAUUGGUAGCCUGGAUCCCAAGAUGUGUGUACUUCUCAACCUCGCUGUCCAUAUAGAGUCUACGUCAAGUGUCAUGAGCUCUGAGUUUGUGUACGGCAAUCCUAAGGACGGUGAUCGUGUAGUUCGACGAUUAUUGACUAGCAUGGUGAAGAACGACUCAUUAAAAAAGUUCAAGACAGGAAAGCAGGGGAUACAUAGCCUUUGCAAAGGACGUUGGAAAACGCGCAAAUGGGUUCAACGUUAA